UUCGCACAGGCUGACGUUAUUUAUACUUUCGUCUGUUUCUCUCCUCACAUCUGAUUGUUUGGCACUGUCCUUAGCGUUUCGCCGUCUGCUGGGACUGUGUAGCCGAUUUUUGAGAAAUUUUAUGGUUUUUACUUUUAUAUUUACGACCAAAUCCAAGUAAUACCGACACACCAAGAUGUUCGGGUUUAACAUGUUUCCGGAGACCCUUCGGCCCUUCAAUGUGCAGUAUAAAUGUUUUUCCGUUUCAAUGUUGCCUGGGAAUGAAAGAGAUGAUGUUGAGCGAGGCGGCAAAAUUAUAAUGCCCCCAUCAGCUCUUGAUCAACUAACGCGGCUCAACAUUAACUAUCCUAUGGUUUUCAAGCUGACAAAUAGAAAAACAGAACGCAUCACUCAUUGUGGUGUUUUAGAAUUUGUAGCUGAUGAAGGGAAAGUUUACUUACCUCACUGGAUGAUGCACAAUCUUUUGCUUGAAGAGGGAGACUUCCUCAAUGUAGAGAGCACACAUUUGCCUGUAGCAACAUUUUCAUGCUUUCAACCACAGUCUGUUGAUUUUCUAGAUAUUACAAAUCCCAAGGCUGUGUUAGAAAAUGGACUCCGUUCCUUUGCAUGUCUUACUAAAGGAGAUGUAAUAGCCAUCAAAUACAAUGACAAAGUGUAUGAACUUUCUGUCUUGGAAACGAAACCCGGACCUGCUGUUGUCAUUAUCGAAUGUGAUAUGAACGUUGACUUUGCUGCUCCUGUUGGAUACAAAGAGCCAGUACGGAAUCAAGAAGAAAUGCAGGUUGAUCCUGCAGAACUAAUGCCAGAACCCACUGGAUUCAUUGCUUUCAAGGGUGAAGGAAAUAGGCUUGAUGGCAAGAAAAAGAAGACAACCUCUAUAUCUGAGGAACCUCCCGUUGCUAAACCAGUUCCAUACCAAAGGGGCAUCCCUGAUUACAACUACCAAAUUGGCACUCUUAAGUUUUUGAGGAAUUCCAAACCAGCUUCAUCCAAAGAUCCCAAUGCUGAAGAUGGCAGUGAAGAGUUUAAGGCAUUUGGUGGUGCAGGCAACUCACUCCGGAGCAAAAAAGCGUGAUAAUGACCAGCUGUGAUUAAAUUUUGUAUAAUAUUUCGUUUGCCCUGAUACUUUGUAAAUGCUGAAUGCUUGUCAUGUCACAAUUUUGUUCAUAGUUUGUAAUUAAUUAUUCUUGUGUUUAUGUUUUGUUUUGUUGCUGACGUUCAUGUUGAUUAUUCAUCAACCAACUAUUUAUAUGUGAAUGAAUAACAAUUAAAAAUUGAAGGGUAUUGUGAGGCUUUUACAAUACCAAGUCAAGCAAUGUA